GCUGAUGAUGAUGGUGGUGCUGUUGUUGGUGCGAAGCACUGCUGAUUUGUAAGGCACGCUUCAGCGCUGCUGGCCCUGGUACUGGCCCCUUCGAGGCCAUGGGACAGGGGCCAUCGCAAGGAAUCGCAACUGCGAGACUCAGUACUUUGGGUCCGAAUUUUUAUUCCGCUGCUUGGUGUUGUGGGUGGUUGGGUCUUUCGGGUGGAGUGAAACGAGAUUGCUGUUUGGUUAGGUGGCUGCUCGAGGGGAAAAGUGUACGCAUCACGUACGAGCGUUGCAAUCAUGCGGCAAGAUUCUGUCCAGUUCCGAUUGCGAAGGCAUUAUUUCGUCCGCAAACGAGGAUCCUGGGCUUCUUUGCACAGUGCUUCAGAUUUCGGAUGGCUGGUGGAUGCCUCGCGAUGCAGGCUGAAUGAUAGAGAGUGCUGAGUGAUUGCUGAAAUUAAGUGCUGGGAAUUCUAGUAAGUAUUUGUCAAAAUCAUGAUGCUCGAGUGUUAUUAGCUACGCCCUUUCUGCUCUUGGGCAUGGAGCCCUUGAGACGUGCCCUUCAGCCUUCGAUACAUGUUGGGUGUUCUUUUCUACCUUGCAGCCAUAUCUGGAGUUUUUGGUUUAAACCUGAAACUUUCUUCCUUUUGAUUCCUUAGGAGGUUGCGAGAAGAAGUAUUUUCUUUUAUUUGUGGAGGGGUAUGAGAUCUUCAAAGAAGACUCAGGGAGUGUAAAGUCUUUCGUGGUAUCUUUUUUCAAAAUACAUUGUUUCGAUGUUUCGUACUGUAGUCAUCAAUAACAUGCUGAAUCCAUAUCAGUGAUAGGCCAGCCCUGCUCUGGAAAGUUUUUAGAAGGGUAUUUUAAUUUCUGAUCGAGUGUGCCGGAGAAUGUACGCUUCACAAUGCUCAUUUAUCGUUAGAGUUACUUAGAAGACCUAAUUGUGAGAAGGUUUUGAGAGUGCAUUGGCGCUAUGGCAGCAGCGGGCAUUACAUCGCCAGCCCGUAUCAAGCUGAAGGAUUUGGUCGCAGUUGAUGGGCUCCCAUCGGAGAGUUACAAGAUCGCUGUGGCAAGUUUGUCCCAGUCUCUUAGGAACUACAAUGUGGCUAUAAUCCAAGUCCCUCAGUCUGACGACGUGCUUCUACGAUGUGUACUGGACUCAGUUCGGAUGUUCUUCCACUUGAAGCCAAUGGUUAGUGCAGAUACCGUUCACGCUGAAGACCCUCACAACUGGAAUUGCACAGUUGGCUAUCAUGCAGAACCGCAGCAUUCUCGGGAGGUGUUUGAUUUUCGACCUGGAAGGAUGAAUGUGGAGGGGGCUGGAGUGACUGAGCUGCCACCUACGGGCUUGCCUAACUUGUUUGCUUUGUUGGGCAAUGCGACCCGUGUGUGCUUGGAUGCUAUCGCUUGCUCGCUGGAGCUGCGGAGCUUUUCGUUUACGGAUCUAUUAGAUAAUGUGCCACUGAAGUCAGGCGAAAUGUCAACCUCAGUAUUAUCAAGCUGCUGUCACAAUAGGCCUGGAGCUCACCACUCAGCUAAUUUACUGCCCAGCGAGCAAGGGGCGCUUUCAAUGUACGAAGAGGAUGCAGAUAGAGGUCUGUUGACAUUAAUGAAAUCCGAUAGGCCAGGGCUUCAGAUAAGAGACCUACAGGGUCGGUGGUUUGUUGUGGAUGCAGACCUGGGUCCCCAAGACAUGGUUUUGUAUAUUGGAACGUCACUGUAUCAAGCUACCGCAGGGCACCUGGGCCCGUCAAUGUAUCGAACAGACAACAGUGUAGAUUUGAGUCAGGCACAAUGUUCUGCACACGUUGGCCGUUGCACAGUUAGUUUCAAGCUGAUGCCUCGUGCGACUGCCAUCCUACAUUGCUCAGCGAUGACUGCUGCAGGGCAUCCUGUAGGAAGUCCUUUCCAGCAUCCUGUGGCUGUCCAUGACUUUAUGCAGCGAGCUAAUCUCAUGGAUCAGCUUUUGGCUCGACCUGGCGUUCCAACGUUUUCUUUUCCAGCUCCUGUCGAAGUUUUUGUUCCUGCUACAGCUCAACUGAAAGCAGCAAUGAAGCGGAAGAAACAGGUGUCUCGAGGGAAGCCACUUGCUCCAUCAAAGCGUUUGCGGCUGGAAGCCCAGCGUGUAUUGAAGGAACGAGUUCAAGAGAUUGCAGACGCAAAGGGCCUGAAGAUUCGUUAUUGUAACUUGAAGGAGUGCGAGGAACAACACCUGAAUGCAGUCGAAAGCCCGUGUGGACGUCUGCGAGAGGCGAUAAAUUGGCCCGUGGGUGUUCCAUUUGUUCAUCCUCACGACCUCCCUAAUAGAGCAAAACAGGCUUUCUUGGAAGCAUAUGAACCUGGGUGGUCAGCCAACCAGGAUGGUGAGCUAGGAAUGGAAGACGCAGUCCAAGACCAGCAUGGUCAGAUGCUUUCUUUGACCGGAGCAGCGCAUGCUGGAGGUGAGGAGCAGCGGUAUCCUGUGAAGGUGGCAGCGAUGGAGGACCAACGGUUCGCUGUGAAGACGGUGUUUGAUUAUUUGCGUGCCAAAGGGAAACCCGUUCCGACAGGAAAGCCCCAGGUAGUUGGACACAAAGUGGACAUCAGUAGGUUGGCAAAAGCGGCCUUUGAAGCUGGAGGGCGAUCCCAGUUCGAUGCAGAGGGUGGGUUUCAGCGAUUCAUUGGGGUACACUUCCAGCUAGAAACUGCGCCUGAUCGGGACAAGGAGAGAGCCCUGGAGCGGUUGAAAAAAUUGUACGAUCAAGUUUUGUUUGAUUAUGUUGAAGACUUGGUUGCCCCAACACAUUGCAACAACCAAAUUAGAUGAUCCAAAAUGAUAACGGUGGCGAUUAUCAUCUUUUGUCACGAUUUUGUCCUUGAAACACAUGAUUUCACAGUACACCAAUUGUCGGGACUGGUAUCGGAGGAUGUACCUCAAGCUUACCUUGCCGUUGAGAAAACCCUCUUAUAUAUGAUCCGAGCAAUGUACAGACUUACUUAGGUGAAGCUUAUUCCCAUGCCAUUGAUUUUAGUGCGAUGUUGGCGCUGCGUCUAGUUAGCAAAUUGUUACGAAUAUCUGUACAGCGAGGCUUUCUGAUUAGGCGAAGUCGAAAGGUGAUGCUUAUCUGCGACAAUCUGAAGCUCAAAUCUCCAAAUUAGCAAACCUACUUUUUCUCUGUUUUCGUUUUUCUUUCUCUAUUGAUAGUUUUAAAAAGCACUUCUAACGGAAGAUACGAUGGUUCUUGUGAUUAUGCUUAGGAUCAGACCAUUGGUUCAGUUGAAUCUGUAAAAUGCGUUUAUUCCUUGAAAUCGGAACAUGCUGAGGUGUACCUUAUGUUUACGGCUUAA